CAGUAACACAGCUUGUUUCUAAGGGGACUCAUAAUAGAGUUGCACACACUAUGGUAUCUCAGGGAUGUGUGAAGCAGAAAAGAAGGACCUGUAUGCUGUCCUGGGAGCCGGCCCCUCAGACUCAGUCCAGCAGCUCAGACACAGAUACCAGCAGCUGGCCUUACAGUACCACCCAGACCGUCUUAGGGGUGAGUGUUCUUCAGAAGCUGAGUCUGGUGCAAAGAAGUUUCUGGAAGUUGAUGCAGCCUGGAGGAUCCUCAGCGACGAGGCCACCAGGAGACGUUAUGACCUGCAGAGGAGAGCUCAGGAAUUGAAACAGGAUUGGCCUGUAGACUCUACAGUCCGUCUUGAGGAAAUGACCUGGGACCAGGAUGAGUGUGCGUACACAUACUGUUGUCGCUGUGGAGGAGCAUUCAGCGUGUCCGAGGAGGAGGUGGAGGAGGAGACGCAGAAGAGGCAGCAGGAUGAGGACGCGGAGGGAACGGGAGAUGGACGGCACAGAGGAGUCGUUGUCUGCUGUGAUACAUGUUCCCUCAGUGUGGACGUCACAUGGUCAUUACAUAGAAUGACUCCAACGUCAAAGAGACACAAAUAAGUGAACUGUUUAACUGUUCAACAUCUCAGAUUUCAUGUUCAUCACUGGCAACGGGGCACCAAUAAACAGUGUACUGAAAACAAA